CACUUUUAUUAUAUCUCAAUCUCCUUCUUCUUCCUCAAGCUGAUUCUUGAGUAUGCAAGGAAAACUUCUCUUUUGUCCCCUUGUCAACAAAAAUCUCCCAUUCAACAAAAUUUCUUCAGCUUCUCUCCUUCAAAAGGUUUUUAUUCUCCUUGGUUUGAACAAGUUACACUGUAGAGAGUGAUUUGGCUAAAAGAAGAUUGAUUCAGGAGCUGUGUAGUGUAUUGCUGGGGUUUUUCCAAUGCAAACGUCUCAGAAACAUCACAGUGCGGCUGGACUGCACAUGCUGUAUCCUCAAGUCUACUGUUCACCUCAGUUUCAAGCGAAAGACAACAAAGGCUUCUCUGAUAUCCCGUCCAAAGAAAACUUUUUUACCCUCGAAUCCUCCACUGCUUCUGGUAGUCUUCCUUCGUAUGACUCUCCUUCUGUGAGCAUUACAUCUGGCCGGAGCCCGUUUUCUCCUCAGGGCUCUCAGUCUUGCAUCUCGGAUCUCCAUCAUUCCCCUGACAACGUCUAUGGAUCACCUUUGAGUGGGGUGUCAUCUCUUGCCUAUGAUGAAGCUGGAGUCAAGAGUAAGAUUCGGGAACUUGAGGUCUCGCUGCUGAGUGGUGAUACAAAAGUUGAAGAAUUCUCAGGUUUUAGCCCCGCUGCUGGGAAGUCGUGGAACUGGGAUGAACUUUUGGCUUUGACUCCACAGUUGGACUUGAAAGAGGUGCUGGUGGAGGCUGCUCGGGCAGUCGCUGAUGGGGAUUUCGCUACAGCGUAUGGAUUCCUUGAUGUCUUGGAACAGAUGGUGUCAGUCUCAGGCAGUCCGAUCCAACGGCUAGGCACUUACAUGGCAGAAGGGCUUAGAGCGAGGCUUGAGGGGUCUGGGAGCAAUAUAUACAAAUCCUUGAAAUGCAAUGAACCAACGGGAAGGGAACUGAUGUCUUACAUGAGUGUUCUCUAUGAAAUCUGCCCCUACUGGAAAUUCGCGUACACAACUGCGAAUGUUGAGAUCUUGGAAGCAAUAGCUGGGGAAACCAGAGUCCACAUUAUCGAUUUUCAGAUUGCACAGGGAUCACAAUACAUGUUUUUGAUUCAGGAGCUUGCGAAACGCCCUGGUGGGCCGCCGUUGCUGCGUGUGACGGGUGUGGAUGAUUCACAGUCCACCUAUGCUCGUGGGGGAGGACUCAGCUUGGUAGGUGAGAGGCUUGCAACUUUGGCGCAGUCAUGUGGUGUCCCGUUUGAGUUUCACGAUGCCAUCAUGUCUGGGUGCAAGGUGCAGCGGGAACAUCUCGGGUUGGAACCUGGCUUUGCUGUUGUUGUGAACUUCCCAUAUGUAUUACACCACAUGCCAGACGAGAGCGUAAGUGUUGAAAAUCACAGAGACAGGCUGCUGCAUCUGAUCAAGAGCCUCUCCCCAAAACUGGUUACUCUAGUAGAGCAAGAAUCCAACACAAACACCUCGCCAUUCCUGUCACGGUUUGUGGAAACACUGGAUUACUACACAGCGAUGUUUGAGUCGAUAGAUGCAGCACGGCCACGGGAUGAUAAGCAGAGAAUCAGCGCAGAACAACACUGUGUAGCAAGAGACAUAGUGAACAUGAUAGCAUGUGAGGAGUCAGAGAGAGUAGAGAGACACGAGGUACUGGGGAUAUGGAGGGUCAGAAUGAUGAUGGCUGGGUUCACGGGUUGGCCGGUCAGCACAUCUGCAGCGUUUGCAGCGAGUGAGAUGCUGAAAGCUUAUGACAAAAACUACAAACUGGGAGGCCAUGAAGGAGCGCUCUACCUCUUCUGGAAGAGACGACCCAUGGCUACAUGUUCCGUGUGGAAGCCAAACCCAAACUAGAUUGGGUAAGUUAUAGUGAUGAUGGUUACUUGAGUGGAUAAAGAAGAGCACAACAAAAACACAUCUGUCGCUGUAAAUUUUUUAGGAUGUGCAAUGAUGUUUUAAGUUGUAACACAACCUAAGUUAUAUAUGUAUACAAACCAAACCUGGUGGUUGUUUUUCUCUUGUAAAUUGUCAUGUGGUUGUGGGUGGGUUGCUAGUAAUGAAAUAUAACCAAAACAUUGAUUAGGUCAUUUUAUGAUCUUCUUCUAUAUAUACCGGUAUAAGUCAACUGGCGGCUGAACAAAGGUCGUGAGGUAACAAAAUAUGAGACAAAUCUACAGGUCAGAUUGGGUUCUGAAUUCUGAUAAGGUCUUAAAAAGGAGCUCACCAACCCACAAAACCAUGGAUUGAACAAGUACAGGUCAUUGCCUUCAUUUUAUUCUUUACUUUUCUAAGGCUCAAGCUUCCUUUAUUGCCUUUAAUAACAAUAUACUAAUGAGUAUUUUGCACUCAGUAACAAAAUUCAGGAGAGUAAUUUUUUGCCCUAACAUGUUACUUUUAUGUGUUAAGAGUUUAGAAUUUUGGAUCUAUGAUUUUAGUUUUUGUUAGGGAAUCAUAUUCAUAUAAAUAAAAUAUUGCCAUU